AUGCUCGGAAUAAAUUCAGACCAUGCCUUCUUGCGUCUCCUAGUUCUUGAGAACCUGGCAGCGUGCGAGACCGUUCAGCGCAAAUCGACGCUUUCAUUUCUUAUGACCGUUAUGGCAGACAAUAACAUUACGAUAGCAGGACAGCACUCCCAUCCAACUGUCACUUCGGUCUCCGAAGCCUUAGAAAGAGCAAGAAACUGUGCUGACUGCGCCCAAGACAACGCCGUCGUUGACUUUCUGGAAUCCGCCCUCCACAUCAUCUGGACCAAAAUACAGAGUAACCCAAACUCAUAUGUCAUGAGUCGUGACGAAUUUGCUAUUUUCAACUACUUUCAGAGUCGGUUCCAAGGCCAGCAGAUUGCCAUUGACGCAAGGAAACGCUUCUGGGACAUCAACAGCAAGUUAAUAAUUACUAAUUUAAUGGCAUCUACCGUGCAAUCUUCAGGUUCGCAAGCCUAUGGUAAAAACUCAAGUCAAACGCGUUGGGAAGAUCUGAAAGACACCAAUCUUCGGCGAGGCUCGAGCCCCACUUCAGCAAGCAAAAAAUUCAAGAACGCAUACCAUUGGCUGGAAAACAGACCCCGAAAUCCCAUUUGUUUUAUCCUCGCAUUAUCAGCGCUUCUUGGAUGUCUAUUUUGGCCUACCAGUGAUCUUCUUUCGAUAGCUUCAUAUCGGCAGAUUGAGGAACGUCAACUUCUAGCCCCCGAGGAAUUAGUGAAAUCAAGCCUGAGUACAGAGAAGGCUCCACUUAAUGUGUUCCAAGUAUAUAUGCCCGUAACUGCUCCUUAUGCAGCCAACGAGGGCUUAGAUAUCACUGAUGGCUCACUUCAAACCUCAUUCAACUCUUGCCAAGUUGUAUUAAUGAACCAUUCUUUCGGAAACAGUUACGGAUCACCUUUUGUUGGAGAUUAUACGCCUCCCUCUUGUAAAUUCAAUCGAGUCAUCAUGAACUUUACUGCUACUAGUCGCGGCCGUCAGUUUGAUCGUCUUGCUGUAAUGUACUUCAACGAUACGGAGAUUUGGAGAACAUCAACGGCCGAGCCAACCACUAAUGGUAUCAUCUUCGAGUAUACCAAAGAUAUGACUGCUUACUUAUCGCUCUGGAGCAAGCAUCAAAAAAUAAUUUUUGACCUUGGAAACGUUAUUAAUGAUGUAUACACCGGUCCAUUCAACACAACAUUAAUUGCAACGUUUUUCACUACCUCUGAAAAUGUUGUACCGGCUACUCAAAUUAUCCCGAUUUCGGCUCGCAAAGGUUCGAUCAAUUCUCCUAGUGCAUUUGUUCUACCAUCCGAUACAGCAGUUAACUCCAUUUCUCUACCAAAAAAUACAAAUCGUGCAGUCGUCUCCAUUGGUGCCUGUGGCCAAGCAAUGGAAGAAUUCUGGUGGGGCAACGUUUUACAAUCUGACAUUCAUACAUUUGAUAUCGAUGAUAUGACGCUAAAUGGGUUCUCGCCAUUCCGGGAAGUUCAGCUCUUAAUAGACGGAAAACUUGCUGGAGUUUAUUGGCCAUUUCCUGUUAUAUUCACUGGCGGUGUCGUACCAGGGCUGUGGCGACCUAUUGUUGGGAUUGAUACCUAUGAUCUGCGCGAACACCAAAUAGACAUUACACCAUGGUUGGGUGUUAUUUUAGAUGGAAACUCACAUACUUUUGAAAUCCGUGUUGCUGGAAUUCAGCAAUACCAAAAUGAUGUAACUGGAAAGUUAACAGAAUCUGUCGGAGACAAUUGGGUAGUGACCGGCAAGGUCUUUAUAUGGUUAGAUUCUGACUCAGCUGCUAUCACUACUGGAACCCAACCAGAGAUCAAUCUCCCUGAUCCGCUUAUCUAUAUCUCUCAUAGUAUCUCCCAAAAUUCCACUGGGGCUAACGAAACUAUUACGUAUACUGCUAACGUGCAACGAUCACUGUCUAUAACUUCUACUAUUGAGACUACUGGUGGAAGUUACCAGGCAAACUGGUCUCAAAACUUAUCAACCUCAAACUACGGUCAUUAUGAAGCGCAGGGAGCAAUUCAAAUCACCAAUCAGACAACUAGUGGUGUAGAUGAAUCCAGAGGGGCUUUUUCGUACAAGACAAUCUAUUCAUAUCCAUUGUGGACUAAUACAACUUCAAAAGUAUUGAGUGAUGGCAAUUACUCCCUUGAUGCUGUCGUCAACCGAGGUCUAUCCAUCUACACUGAAGGUAGUACACUUUACCCUACUGGUAUUGAGGCCUUCUUCCAUAAUUCAAGUGAAAAAAGUUUAUCCGAUAGUCUCUCUUCAACGCAGUUAGAUACGACGCAGAAAGGCGCCGCACGAUACUUUUCGAAAAAUUCGACUAGCUCCGCAAGAUCUUUUGGGGAAACAGAGCAAGAAUUCAAGUUGCAGGGGGUUGAUGAUGAGGCGAAUGGAUUUGAAUUGUACUACAGAAAGGUACUAGCUCAGAAUGGAACUAUUUCCCUAGACAUAGAGCGUCUGGCGGAUCAUUACGCGGUAAACAGAGAUAGGAACAUCAUGGAAAAUGGAACUUAUGAUCAGCUUUUUGCCGGACCAGUUCAAAAUCACAGGCUCAAGAUAUCGGCAUAG